AUAACCUACAAAAGAAUUCUCAUGAUUUUUGGUUGGGUUGUGUGUUGGUUUUAAUGUUUUGUGUAUCCAUCGUUAUUUAUAGAGUAAAAAAAAACCUGAAGAUAACAUCAUUUCAUUGUAAAUAUCUAUUAGAGAAUUAAAAAUAGAAACACCUAAAAAUAUGUCUAAUUUUAAACGCCUGAACACAAAAAUUUAUGAGAAAAAGGGACCAGAAAUCACCCCAGAUUUUGUUUAUUGGAAGCAGUUAGGGAAACCAGUAUUAGUAAAAGAAUUUGGACCAGUAGACUACAUAGACUUUUCACCGAAAGAGCCCCACUAUUUUGCAGUUACCUGCUCUGUAAGGGUCCAGUUAUAUAACCCCAUCACCAAAUUAGUAGUAAAAAACUUGUCUAGGUUUCGGGAGAAUGCUUAUGGUGCAGUAUUUAGGAGUGAUGGAACAUUAAUUUUAGCUGGCGGAGAGGAGAAAAAUGUCAAAUUAUUUGAUGUUUCGACUAAGAGUAUGUUGAGGUUGUUCAAAGGACAUACUGCACCAGUUCAUCGUGUAGGUUUUAUCCCUAAAGAGCCUCAAAUAGUAUCAUUUUCUGAUGAUAAAAGUGUGAGAGUGUGGGAUAUUCCUACUGAGAAUAUUUUGAAUACCUUUGAGGGACAUAAUGACUAUAUUAGGGCAGGUGUAGUUAAUCCUGAUGUACCAAACAUAAUAUUAUCAGGAGGCUAUGAUGGCAUGGUAAAAAUGUGGGAUACAAGAACCAACAAGGAAGUCAUGAAAAUGAAUCACACUAGUGCAGUAGAAUCAUUACUUUAUAUGCCAGGAGGAGGGAUGGUUUUAAGUGCAGGAGGAACAGAUAUAAAAAUUUGGGAUGUAAUAGCAGGAGGAAAACUAAGAGGAGCCAUUGCACAGCACCAUAAAACUGUCACAUGUCUCAGGCUAGCUUCUAAUGGUAAAAGACUAUUAUCAGGCAGUCUUGAUAGACAUGUAAAAAUUUAUGAUGUUGGUACUUUUAAGGUGGUUCAUACAUUGGACUUUCCCAAUGGGAUACUUAGUUUAGGAGUGUCUCCAGAUGAUUCCACUUUAACAGCAGGUUUAGUAGAUGGUGUCAUUGCAGUUCAGAGGCGCCCAGACCAGAUUGAAACAGAAGUGAAACCCAAAACAGCUUUUCAACAUAAAAGUAGGGAAAUUCCAGUUGGAGUGGAUGAAAUUGUGCCUAGCUUAGAGCAUGAAUCUGAAGCGAAAUUUGACUAUUUUUUAAGGAAAUUUGAAUACUCCAAGGCAUUAAACUCAGCAUUAAAACCAAUUAUUGUGAAUAAACACCCAGAGAAGACUGUUGCUGUGUUAAGAGAGUUGCAAAAACGAAAAGCUUUGCCAAAAACUCUUAAAGAGAAGGACCUGAAAACGAUUAAGAAUGUAAUUAAAUUCUUUUUAAAGUAUCUUACUGAUCUUAGAUUCACAAAAUUCUUAACAGACGUUGCAGAUGAAUUUUUAGAUAUAAUAGCAGAGGAUGUUGAGGAUUUUCCUAAAGAUGUUGGAUUACUUUUAGUUCAAUUACAUGAAUCCUUAGUAAAAGAGGAGAAACUAAUAAACGACUUGGCACAGGUUGAAGGAAUGAUGCAAACGUUAUUGGCUGCCCAAGUGUCAUCGCAUUUCGAUCAAUGUUUACCGAUUAAAGUGAAACAAACAAAUGAAUGUACAGCUUUAAAUGUUAAAUAAACAAAAAUUAUAUUUU